UUUUCUUUUCUCUUCUUUUCUUUUCUCUUCUUUUCAUCAUUAAACAUAACAAUGGUUGCUCUUCUUAUUCCUUCUGAAUACGGUUACGUUCUCGGUACGGCUACUUUCAGUGCACUUUACUUGUUCUUUUUGGGUGCCAAGACUGGCGGUGCCCGUAGAGCUGCUGGUAUUCCUUAUCCUUAUAUGUAUGCCGAAAAGAGUGAAGCUGAAAAGGACCCCAAGAAGAACAUCUUCAACUGUGUCCAACGCGUUCAUCAAAACACUCUCGAAAUCUUCCCCGUCUAUCAAACUCUUCUUUUAAUUGGUGGUCUCAAGUACCCCGAAAUCUCUUCUGCUUGUGGUGGUAUCUUCCUUUUAGGCCGUAUGAUUUAUGGCAAUGGCUACAGCACUGGUGAUCCUUCCAAGCGCUUGCGUGGUAGCUUCGCCUACCUUGGCCUUUUGGGUCUUCUUGGCACUGCUGGUAGCACCAUCUAUGGUCUCCUCAAGAACUAAAUUGAUGUUGCUUUAAUCUUUGUAAAUCUAUAAUAAUAAAUACUUUUGAAAUCGAUGAUGUUUUAUGCCUUUUUUAGAACACCAC